UAUUUUCAUUUUGGCUAAAUAUGUCUAGUCAGCCUUCCCGUGGAAUCUCUGGCAUUUGCUGGCAGAGGUGGUCUCCUCCUCUUCUCUGUCAUGUGGUUGCAGCUGGGUUCAUAGCAAGUCCCGCAUAGUGAACUAGGUCACACGCAAGAGACCUGCUCAACAACAAACACUGCUGUAAAGGUGUUUCAGUUGUCACAAAAAUGGAUGGGGCUUCUUGUGAGAAGUCUUGGAACCAGCUUCAGUUCAUGGGUGGCUCCAACAAUGUAUCCUCAACUAGAACCAUCCGGCUACGGGACAUUUAUGAUCCCAAACCUCAACCUCCCAAAGCCCCCGUCCGGAUCCGCCCUCCAAGUCCAAGACCUCCACCCGUGAAGGAGCCCAGUUCAAGGCAAAGUCUUUCCAGCGAUCCCUCAACCAAGACCAUCAUAAGGAGACGGGCUCAGUCUCUUCCAUCGUCUGCAGAGCGCAAAAAGGAACUUAGGAGUGUACAGGUACGCUUUGUGGACUCACUGGGUCUUCAGUUAGAGGAAGUUAAGGUUUUCAAAGUUCAAGAGUGUCCCAUUAUACCCCAACAUGUUAUAUUCAGGCUGCUGAUGAGCUCUGAAUUGGCUUUUGGGAAGUCCCUGGAGCUGUCACUGCCUUACUUCAAACCCUGUUUUCCUGAAAAUAUGGGUGCGCAGCCGGACUUCCUGACACGGCUGCACACACAGCGCGUGUGUCUUGAGCAGAUCCUAUGUUCAGAGCAGGGGAUAACAGGCACCAUACAAGUAUUUAAUGUAGCCUAUGAGAAAGAAGUCACAGUACACUACUCUUACACCAACUGGAGAACACACGCAAAUACAGCAGCAUCCUGGCUAUCGAGUGUAUACCGUGAGGGGUGUGACUCUCCAGUACUGGAUGUCUUCAGGUUUCGUCUUCCUGUCCCACCGUUCGCUUUGCAGCCAGGGGCUAGCUUGGAAUUUGCAAUCUGCUACCACGUAAAAGGAUCUGAUUACUGGGACAACAACAACGGCAAUAAUUACAAACUUUCAUGCCACAGCUACAAGGUGACCGUGCCAAGGGAGUGUGAAGAUAGCAUGCUACAUUUCACCUGAGCAACCACAUGGACGCGUGGAGAGGAUGACACUAAAUCCUUUGCAGCCAAACUUUUAUCUAUUAUAUUGCAUUGUGUGGUGGACUGGAACUAAGUAAGCACAAUUUCUAGGAAUUUGCACUCAACCAACUACUUUUAAAUAUUGCUAACAUGCAAAUUCUUCAGUUUAUACCAUCUACAAAAGAGCUAACAUUAAAACCACCUGCCUCCAGUUAUAUAAUUGUGCUGGGCAGUAUCCAGGCAGAACACUGCAUCUUAAUAAGACAAUGUUGUUUUUCACUUUAUCUGUAAUUAGUUUUAAUGCUUUGUAUGUUCAGUUACCGUUCAGAAUGUCCAUAUUUUUCACAAUAUUUCAGCUCCAUGUAUCAUUUUGGAUGCUAAAAUUUUGCUUUCACAGUAAGUCAAACAGCAUGUCCUCCACCUCUCAUGCACAAGUAACAUCUUCUUGUGUGAACCAGUCAUUUAGUAAUUUUGUGCCAAAUGUACUAGAAAGUGGUGUCUCAAUGGGCUGCCGUGAAAUCUGAAAGAAGGUGCUGUGGGAUUUUUAACUUCCUUGAUAAAGUUUUGAGCUAUUGGGCUAUUAAAAGGUACUCAAUGUGAAUUCCAGUUUUUAAAAAUAGUUUAAAAUGUUCUACAUUUACUUAAAUCAGAUUGACAGAAUACAACAGCAGCUAUGACACCAACUGAAGCUGAACUAGUGCCAUGCUCAAAUUUAGUGUAGUUUGUAGCUGAAGUGAAAGAUGGCACAGUAUGCUAUAUUUAAACAGGCAAUGAUUUUAAAACAGAUUAUUUUUCCAUGCUGGUCUGGGAAAAGAUCUCUUGAGGAACCUCAGUAGGUUUUGAUAGAGAUAUUAAAUCUUUGAGACGACACACCUGCUGGUAAAAUGCUCCCCAACGUCUACAGCUCUUCAGCGGUUUACAAAUGAAACCUUAAAAACAGACAGUGGAAUAAGAUGAACAUGAAUAUAAUGAUGCCAUUCAAUUUAUCUGAUCAGCUGUCUUGUGUGUGUUUUGGUGAAUUUGGUUUUGUAAUCUGAAUAAAAAAGUGUCAAUUGGCAUAAAUCCACAUUGUUUGUGAGCUUAUAUUAUAAAGUAUUUAAAAAAAUAAAGUGUACACACUGGGCCGAGACAACCCUGAUGACAUGACCUUGUAACAAAUCAACACAACCUGGUGAGUAAAAUGUGUGCCGCUGCAUUUGAAGUCAGGAAAAGAUCUGCAUGUUCCUACUGGGCUUUUAUUUAGACAAAGCCACCGCCACCUCUGCACAAACGCACAAAAUAUUUUGCUCACUCUGCACUUUAACAAGUCUGGUGACCCAUUUUCGUGACUGACAGUCUGAGUCGUCGCAUCUUAACGCAGAAACUGCACAAGGUGAUAAAACCUAUUCUCUGUGCUGAUUUCACACAGACAGAGUGGACGUCGUGAGCUGCUGGCUACACAUAAGCUGCUUGUGCACUUUCUGCUUGACCCCAUUCCUCUGGAGAUCAUUUUGUUGUAGGGAGAGCCUUAGAUCCCAAACAGUGCUGACCUUUGACCAAGAAGUUUCCAUAAAUAUGAGAGCACAGAUUCCAGAGCACUUUCUGGCAGGCGGUGGUGUUUAGCUCACAGGAGGAUAUGUUUCCACCUGCAUUAGUCGCCACAGCUGUGUGGCAUGCUUUACACAUGACAGCAGCUAUGAGAUGUGACCACCCAAGACCUCACAGAGCAUAUCAGGCAGGCAUUUAAAUACACCUGAGUAUUUCCUUCUCCUGUUUCUUCACAUUAAUCUGAUUAAUGGAUUUACUUUCUAGAUCGUGCACUGUGGUUAAUAUGAUUCUGCUGAAACAGUGGAAAACAUAAUCCAUACAAUACAUAUUUAUGUAUAUCUUAAAUGAGACCUAAUAUGAAUUUCUUUAUUUUCCGUCAUAUACAUACU